AUGCAUCACGAAAACGUUCAUCGAAAAGACAGAGCUAACAUUAUAUCUAGAGUCCUACUUUGGUGGAUUGUUGAUCUAUUGUGGAGGGGAUACAAAAAUCCACUAAAUCAAGAAUAUCUCGAUCCAGUCAGAGAAGGCGCCAGUGCUGCUCAUCAGACAAAACGUUUGGAGGGAAUUUGGAAUAAUGAAAAAAUCUCAGCAAGGCAACAGAAUAAAAAGCCAAAACUUUGGAAAGCAAUGAUAAAAUAUUUCACGUGGCAAGAACAUGCGCUUGUUAAUUGUUUAAUGCUUUUGAAUGUCUUUGGGACUGGGAUUUAUUUUUAUUCUGUUACGAACUUGAUAAAAGCAAUCGGCAGUAAUUUAGAGCAAGGUACCCAUUCUCCGAACGAGUAUCUUAUCUUUAUUGGGUUUAUGAUGAUAGGAUCUUCUUGUGAAGUUCUUGGUUCUCAGCAUUCCUGUUUGCUUCUACCUAUGUUGGGAAUAAAAGCUAGAGCUGCACUUGUCGGUUUGAUUUAUAAAAAGGUAAGGCAUGCAUAAGUGAAUCUACUUCUACGAAUUUCCACUUGCGCGUUGUACUUUCUCCGAGAGAGAAAACCGGAGAGCCCAGGGAAAAUGGAUGAUGUUAUGUAAUAAUCGGGAGCUGGAUGGUGCUUUUUGAAUGGCAAUUGCCCACUCAGCAACGGAUAUCCUUGCACUAUAACAUACAUUACACUAGUAUUCAGCACACUUCCAUUGGGGCUUUUCAAUGACCGAUUACAUUAAGUAUUACGCUUAUACUUAUACUUAUACGUUGUCAACUCUCCCCGUGGGAGGAAACCGGAGCGUCCGGAGAAAACCCACGACUUUAGGCAGAGCGUUGACAGACUCUUUAUUUUCACACGAGUCCGUAGCGAGAAUCGAACCCAUGAUCUCAGAGGUGAAAGGCGAAACUACCUCAGAGGUGAAACUACCGAAGGCCCACUGCGGACAAAAACAAAAUGGCUUCCCGUUUCGUUCCGGUUAUACAGACCGCGAUUUUAUUCAUGAAACGAAUCUGCGGCUCCGCUAAACACAAAUAAAGCUACAAACUAUAAUCCUUGCACUAUUUACCUACACUUCUGCGAAUAAUUGUUUUCUACAUGCUGAAUGCUGAUUAAAAACUGAUCUUAGGUGAUAAUUUUGUCACAGAAGCGUCUGCAAGCUAUAGCUGCCAUACAAAGAGGAAACUGACAUGAUUAGUUGAUUAUAUUAUUAUGAAGAACAAUAACUUUCAAAACCAUCUACAGAUUUAGACCAAAAUUAAUCAACGUUACUUAUCUGAAUGUUGAAAAGGUGAAAAUAUUUUUUUCAGAAUUAAAAUAAGAUUCAAACACUCAUUAAUAAUUCAUAAGCUUAUUGGCAAAUCAUGUCAACCAUAAUAUGUCACGUCUACCUGAUAAAACAUCUAUCUACCUGAUAAAAUACUCCUAAUUAGUAUUCUUUAUAUAAAGAAUACUAAUAAGGCAGUAUCUAAUUUGUAGCCGUGUCCUCAUUAGUAUUCUUUAUAUAAAGAAUACUAACAAGGCAGUAUAUCUAUUGAAUUUGUAGUCGUGUUUGAAGCCGCGUUUAAUAAACUCGCGGGUCGUGUUUUAUUAGGAGUCUAAAGCCACUCGCGCUGCGCGCACCUAAUAAAACACCUAAUAAAACACUCCUGCUCGUAUAUUAAACAGUACAUUAAUCAAUCUUUAGAAUCUUUUAAUCGGCAUAGUAAUAACUUAACAUUUACCUGCAAGAAGCAAUAAGGAUUUGGAUAUAGGUAAGGCCAGCUAACCCAAGUAAAAUAUUUUCUCAAUUUUUUUCCACCCUUGGAAUUUUUUUGUUUCGGUGCAAAAUGAAAUCUUAAACUUACUUAUUUUAGUAUAGGAUUCCCGUGAUCUAGGUGGCGUAUUUCCCAGUCGAUUUAAGGUCGAUUCCAGAAUACGAGAAUGCUUCAUGACCGGUUUUUAGAAUAUUUAGUUUGUAUUCAAGAUACAUCUGCAGAAAAAGACCCGAAUGUGAAUUACGUUGUGCAAGCUUUGCGGUGGAGACACACGGAGGAGUUGUAUCCAUUAUCGACAAAUAUAUAUAAAAAGAAAUCUACUUUUACUUUUUUCUUUAAUUAAGGUGUUAAGAUGUAGUAAAAUGUCCAUGAACGCUGGUGAGGUGAUGGAGUUGGUAUGCGACGACACUCAUCGUUUAGUCACAAUGGGAGAUCAAUUUUUUCCCAACUUAAUUCGACAAACAGCUAAACUCGUCGUUUACAUUAUUUAGCUAUUAUAUUUUGUCGGCUGGAAGUUCUUGCCAGGUCUAGGAGUAUUUACGAUUCUCGCAUUAUUUCGCCUAUGCAUGACAAAAAUAGACAUAAACUAUCGUAAGAAAGCCUCACAAUUUGCAGAGAAACGCCUUGGUUACCUUCGAGAAGUUCUGACGAUCAUUCAUUCCGUCAAACUGAAUUGCUUGGAGCAUGUCUACGAGAAAAAGAUUCGAAGAACAAGAUGGUAAGUUUUAACAGAGUAGAGAGAGAGAACGAAUGAUUAAAUUCAUAUUACACGUAUACCUAUUCCUAUGUCAUGUCAUUCUGCUAAAAAUCUAUAGCAUUCCGCCAACAUUGAAUGUCGAGCCCUUGCUAUAACUAUAUUAACUUGACGGAGUCAUACAAAUUCUAUUUUUUUAUAUAAAUUGUCUGAAGCACCUUUUCCUUUCUAGGCAAGAAAUAAAAUAUAAAGCAAAAAGGUGGAUUAUUCUUUCUGCGAGCUUUUCGUUUACUACAUGUGGACAACAUCUAUCAACCUUUGUCAUUGUGCUGGUUCUUAUCUACACUGAUCGCUCUAUGCUGACUUUUGAUAAUUUAUUCAAGAUAAUGGUGAUGUCUGUCGGCAUUGGUGAGAUUAUUUGCCUGAAAUUACCAAUUUCUAUUCAUUUCAGUACGGGUAUAAUCACCGGCCUUACCCGGAUACAGCAAUUCUUGGAAAGCUGCGAUGCUACACAUGAUACCAUUAAUGAAUUUCCGCCUACCAAAGGAAAGGUAUCAGAGAUAGAUGAGAAGUCAAGAGAUGAUGAAAAAUCUUCGGAGGUAGUUCGUGAAACCCCUUAUGUUUGCCUGGAUAACGUAUUUUGUAAACUACUCACAUCCAAUGCUUCAUAUGCACAAACGGAAGAUGUUAUACUUUUAACUGACAUUUCUAUCACAAUAUCAUCCAAGCAGUUAGUUAUAAUAACUGGCUCAGUUGGCAGUGGAAAGUCGUCACUGCUCUUAAGUAUUCUUCAUGGAGAACUUCAUUUAGCUAAGGGAUCUGUAAAACAGUUUGGAAACAUUGCGUAUGUUCCGGAUACGCCUUGGGUAUUUCCCGGUACCAUUCGAGAAAAUAUAUUAUUCGGCUUAGCGUAUGAUGAAGAAUGGUAUUCGAACACCAUCAAAGCUUGUCAGUUGGAGAGAGAUUUCAAAAGAUUCCCAGAUCAGGAUUUAUCACAUAUUGGAGAACACGGUGCAACAUUGAGUGGUGGACAGCGGACACGUAUCGCAUUAGCACGGGCUGUGUACUCACGCGCUGAUAUAUCUACUGGAUGA